AGAGCGGUUUCUAGGAUUCCGUAACGGCGUUUCUGGUUUUCUCACGGGAGUGAAGACAGAAGACUGAAGAGAGGAGGUGGAAGGAGAGAGAAGGCUGCUGCCUGGUUGAUUGAAGCAAGAGAGUAAGCCGCUUUGGCUUUGGUGGGUUUGGUAGAGCGAGGGCGGUUUCAUAAAAGCGGUUUUGGAGCAGGACAAGACAAAUCAGAUAAGUGGUUUUAUAACCGAAGCGAAGAGAAGAUUCACGUUUUUCUCGUUCGGAUCCCGAGAUCUUUAGUCUUGAGUGAAAGAGAGGGAGUUUCACAAACCGAACAGUCGGGGGAGGUUCAAUAAAAAUCUAAAAACGGUUUCGUGCUCAUUCAAUUCUUUUUUCCUUCCUUUUUUUCUUCGUAUAAAAUGGGGUAGAUUGUCGUACAUGGAAGGUAUUUGAGGUCUAAUUGAUUGAUAGAGCAGCGAUUUUAAUCGAGCUUCGGUAACUGAUUUCAUGGCGUAUGGAGAUAGCUGCAGAGGCCCCACGAUUUCGCAACCGAAUUUCUCGGGUGAACGGCCGGAGACAGACGAUCUCUAUGUGGAGCUAUGGAGAGCUUGUGCAGGACCUCUCGUCGACGUUCCUCGGACGGACGAGAGGGUUUUCUACUUCCCUCAAGGUCACAUGGAGCAAUUGGAAGCAUCAACGAACCAGGAGUUGAAUCAUCAGAACAAUUUGUUUAAUCUUCCUUCAAAGAUACUUUGUCGCGUUGUUCACAUUCAGUUACUGGUGGAACCAGAAACAGAUGAAGUUUAUGCUCAAAUUACCCUACUUCCGGAAUCAGAUCAAAAUGAGCCGACGAGUCCUGAUCCAUGCCCUCCUGAACAUCCAAGGCCGGCUGUUCAUUCCUUCUGUAAGAUCUUGACUGCAUCUGAUACAAGCACACACGGCGGGUUCUCUGUUCUGCGUAAGCAUGCCAACGAAUGCCUUCCUCCUUUGGACAUGAACCAGCCUACCCCAACGCAGGAAUUGGCCGCUAAGGAUCUCCAUGGUUAUGAGUGGCGAUUUAAACACAUCUUCAGAGGUCAACCACGGAGACAUUUGCUUACAACAGGGUGGAGUACUUUUGUUACCUCUAAGCGACUGGUUGCUGGGGAUGCCUUUGUAUUCCUUAGAGGGGAGGAUGGCCUACGUGUGGGAGUCAGACGUCUUGCUCGUCAGCAUAGCACCAUGCCUUCCUCAGUCAUCUCCAGCCAGAGCAUGCAUCUGGGAGUGCUCGCUACUGCAUCUCAUGCAGUAGCUACGCAGACCCUUUUCAUUGUCUACUACAAGCCAAGAACAAGUCAAUUCAUCAUAAGCUUGAACAAAUAUUUAGAUGCUGCUAACAAUGGGUUUUCAGUUGGUAUGAGAUUCAAGAUGAGAUUUGAGGGAGAAGAUUCUCCCGAGAGAAGGUUUACAGGCACAAUUGUUGGGGUUGGAGAUGUAUCUUCCAAUUGGAAGGAUUCUAAGUGGAGAUCAUUGAAGGUGCAAUGGGAUGAGACAGCAUCCAUUCAACGACCAGAGAGGGUUUCUCCAUGGGAGAUUGAGCCUUUUGUUGUGUCUGUCCCUCCGAGUCUAACUCAACCAGCAGCCAUUAAGACCAAGAAGCUCCGACCAUCAGUAGAUCUCCCUGUUGAAAGAGCCACCGGUCCUGCCACCUCAGCAUUUUGGUACCCUGGUUCAACCCAGUCCAAUGACCUUGCACAAAUAAGUAGAGCUGAAGCACAGGGAAGUGAAAACCAAGUUGGCUGGCUUCCUAAGCAGCAGAAAGAAAUAAAGGGCAAUGUCAUAAACAGCAACAGCAGCUGUAGUUCAAGGACGACCAGCAGGCCAGAGGGGGGCUGGCCCUCUACACUCGUGAAUGUUUCUUUAAGUCUGUUUCAGGACAAAAUAGAUGGCAAAACAUGGUCAGUCCUCUCAGGGUUUCCAACCCUGGACCCCUCGAGGUCAACCAAUAGCACGUUGCUUGACCCAGUGGAAAAUGGGAAGAAAUCUGAGCCAUCUGCCGGUUGUCGGUUGUUUGGGAUUGAGUUGAUAAAUAAAUCUAGUGUCUCUACUCCAGACAAGGCACCUUCGCGUCCAGAAAGUGUAACUAGUGCGACUACUGAAGGGCUUAACCCAACCACUGUGUCUGUGUCAUCGAAGGAGAUUCAGAGCAAGCAGAUUUGCGGUACUUAUGCCAGAAGUCGCAUAAAGGUGCAUAUGCAAGGACAUGCAGUUGGUCGGGCUGUAGACUUGACUGUGUUGGAAGGCUAUGAUCAGCUUAUAAAUGAACUGGAGGAGAUGUUCCAGAUUAAAGGAGAGCUCCGUCCACGGAAUACAUGGGAAGUUGUCUACACUGAUAACGAAGGAGACAUGAUGCUUGUGGGUGACGACCCGUGGCUGGAGUUCAUUAACAUGGCAAGGAAGAUUUUUAUCUACUCAAGUGAAGUAGUGAAGAAGAUGAGUCCAAGAAACAAGAUUCCCACAUCAUCUCUGGAGGGUGAAGGGACUGUUGUAUACUUGGAUUCAGACCUAAAGACUGAGAUAUGAAAGAUUAGUUUCUUUCAUGAUGUCUUUUUUUUUUUUGAAUUCUUUUUUUUUUUAUUUUAGUAUCAUUUGGGCGUGUCUAACUUGGAGGGAAAGGUCCGAAAGGAGAGGGAGGUAUUGGCUAAUUUGUAAAGGAGGAGGAGGUUGAUGAUGAUGAUAAAGGGCCAAGUCAAAGUAGGAUGGGUUAGGGAAGGGAGUAGGCUUGGUUGUAGGAGGUAAGAUGUGAAUAUCAUGCUCGUCUUGUCUGGGCAAUUUAUGUGCUUGUAA